GGCAACAUGCACGGCGACGAGACUGUGUCGCGCCAGGUGCUCAUCUACCUGGCCCGCGAGCUGGUGGCCGGCUACAAGCGGGGAGACCCGCGCCUGGUGCGGCUGCUCAACACCACCGACGUGUACGUGAUGCCCAGCCUCAACCCCGACGGCUUCGAGCGCGCCCACGAGGGGGACUGUGGCCUCGGGGACGGCGACCCGCCGGGGCCCACGGGCCGCGACAACAGCCGCGGCCGCGACCUCAACCGCAGCUUCCCGGACCAGUUCGGCACCGGCGAGCCCCCGGGCCUGGACGACGUGCCCGAGGUGCGCGCCCUCAUCAACUGGAUCCGCAGGAACAAGUUUGUGCUCUCUGGGAAUCUCCACGGAGGCUCCGUGGUGGCAAGCUACCCUUUCGAUGAUUCGCCGGAACAUACGGCCACUGGGAUCUACAGCAAAACCUCAGACGACGAAGUCUUUAGAUAUCUGGCGAAAGCGUAUGCUUCCAACCACCCCAUCAUGCGAACGGGUGCGCCUCACUGUCCGGGCGACGAAGACGAGACUUUCAAAGAUGGGAUCACCAAUGGAGCACACUGGUAUGAUGUGGAAGGUGGGAUGCAGGAUUACAAUUAUGUGUGGGCCAACUGCUUUGAGAUCACAUUAGAGCUGUCUUGUUGCAAGUACCCACCUGCUUCGCAGCUUCGACAAGAGUGGGAGAACAAUCGUGAGUCUUUGAUCACAUUGAUUGAAAAGGUCCACAUUGGAGUUAAAGGAUUUGUUAAAGACUCAGUAACAGGAUCUGGCUUAGAGAAUGCAACCAUCUCAGUGGCUGGUAUUAACCAUAACAUCACAACAGGCAGGUUUGGUGAUUUCCACAGAUUGCUUGUUCCUGGGACAUAUAACUUGACAGCAGUUUUAACUGGGUAUAUGCCACUGACGUUUCACAAUGUCGCUGUGAAAGAAGAGACAGCUAUAGAGGUGAAUUUUACCCUGCGGCCAACUGUGACUUCAGAAAACCCUGACAUGACUGAGGCCUUGGCCACUGUUAGCACCGUUGAUACACAUAAUGUUCCUCCUGGAACGCCAGCCUCAUACCAGCCAAUUCAGCCAAAGGACUUUCACCACCACCAUUUCCCUGAUAUGGAAAUCUUCUUGAGAAGGUUUGCCAACGAAUAUCCUAACAUCACACGGCUUUAUUCCUUGGGAAAGUCAGUAGAGUCGAGAGAACUUUAUGUGAUGGAGAUCUCUGAUAAUCCAGGUGUUCACGAGCCAGGUGAACCAGAAUUUAAGUACAUUGGGAAUAUGCAUGGGAAUGAAGUGGUUGGAAGAGAGCUGCUAUUGAACCUCAUCGAAUACCUCUGUAAGAACUUUGGAACGGACCCUGAAGUAACAGAUUUGGUUCGUAGCACUAGAAUUCACCUGAUGCCAUCCAUGAAUCCUGAUGGAUAUGAGAAGGCCCAGGAAGGAGAUUCAAUGAGCGUGAUUGGCAGAAACAACAGCAACAACUUUGACCUGAACCGAAAUUUCCCAGACCAGUUUGUUCAGAUAACAGAUCCUACCCAACCGGAAACGAUUGCGGUCAUGAGCUGGACGAAGGCGUAUCCAUUUGUACUAUCAGCAAAUCUUCAUGGAGGUUCUUUGGUGGUGAACUACCCGUACGACGAUGAUGAACAAGGCCUUGCAACAUACAGCAAGUCGCCAGAUGAUGCUGUGUUUCAGCAAAUAGCGCUCUCCUAUUCCAAGGAAAAUUUUCAGAUGUUUCAAGGUAAACCUUGCAAGAACAUAUACCCUAGUGAAUAUUUUCCCCAUGGGAUAACAAAUGGAGCAAAAUGGUACAAUGUCCCAGGUGGUAUGCAGGACUGGAACUACUUGCACACAAAUUGCUUUGAAGUGACGAUUGAACUAGGUUGUGUGAAAUACCCAUUUGAGAAAGAACUGCCCAAACUGUGGGAACAGAAUCGAAGAUCUCUAAUCCAGUUUAUGAAGCAGGUUCAUCAGGGUAUCAGUGGAUUUGUCCUUGAUGCCACAGAUGGCCGGGGUAUAUUAAAUGCCACCAUUAGUGUUGCUGAAAUUAAUCACCCAGUAACUACUUACAAGAAUGGAGAUUACUGGCGUCUCUUGGUUCCAGGAACUUACAAAGUCACAGUAUCUGCUCGAGGGUAUAAUCCAGUUACCAAGAACGUGACCGUAACCGGUGAAGGUGCUACUCGGGUCAAUUUCACACUGGUUCGAUCUUCAACAGAUUCAAGCAAUGAAUCAAAAAAGGGAAAGGGAGAUAGCACCAGCACUGACGAGGCCAGCGAUCCAACUACCAAGGAGUUUGAAACUUUAAUUAAAGACCUUUCUGCUGAGAAUGGUUUGGAGGACCUCAUGUUACGCUCCUCUUCAAAUCUGGCUCUCUAUCGCUACCAUUCCUACAAAGACUUAUCCGAGUUUCUGAGAGGACUUGUCAUGAACUAUCCCCAGAUUACAAAUCUCACCAGUUUGGGACAAAGUGCUGAGUAUCGUCACAUCUGGUCCCUGGAAAUCUCCAAUAAGCCAAAUGUAUCUGAGCCCGAAGAACCAAAGAUUCGCUAUGUCGCUGGCAUCCACGGAAACGCUCCCGUUGGAACGGAACUGCUUUUGGCUUUGGCAGAAUUUCUCUGCCUGAACUACAAGAAGAACCCAGCUGUUACCCAAUUGAUUGACAGGACUAGAAUUGUGAUUGUCCCUUCCCUCAAUCCAGAUGGGCGAGAGAGAGCACAGGAGAAGGACUGUACUUCAAAGACAGGACAAACAAAUGCUCACGGGAAAGACUUGGAUACAGACUUUACAAAUAAUGCCUCCCAGCCCGAGACUAAAGCCAUCAUUGAAAAUUUGAUUCAGAAACAAGACUUCAGCCUUUCAGUUGCCUUAGAUGGUGGUUCUGUGCUGGUCACAUAUCCAUAUGACAAGCCAGUACAGACAGUGGAAAACAAAGAGACUCUGAAGCAUUUGGCAUCUCUGUAUGCAAAUAAUCAUCCCUCAAUGCACAUGGGUCAGCCUGGCUGUCCCAAUAAAUCAGAUGAGAAUAUUCCAGGAGGGGUAAUGCGUGGAGCAGAAUGGCACAGUCACCUGGGCAGCAUGAAGGACUACAGUGUCACCUAUGGCCACUGCCCAGAAAUCACGGUGUACACAAGCUGCUGCUGCUUCCCCAGGGCGGCCCAGCUCCCUGCCUUGUGGGCAGAGAAUAAGAAGUCACUUCUUAGCAUGUUGGUUGAGGUGCACAAGGGAGUUCAUGGGUUUGUUAAAGAUAAGAGCGGAAAACCAGUCUCGAAAGCCGUCAUUGUUCUCAACGAAGGAAUCAAAGUGCACACUAAAGAGGGGGGCUACUUCCACGUACUGUUGGCCCCAGGUUUCCAUAACAUCAAUGCCAUUGCCGAAGGAUACCAGCAACAACAUUCACAGGUCUUUGUGCAUCACGAUGCAGCGAGUUCCGUGGUAAUCGUCUUUGACACAGAUAACCGGAUAUUUGGUUUGCCAAGGGAGCUUGUGGUAACUGUAUCAGGUGCCACCAUGUCAGCGUUGGUCCUAACAGCUUGCAUUAUUUGGUGCAUCUGCUCCAUCAAGUCCAACAGACAUAAGGAUGGCUUUCAUCGGCUCAGACAGCAUCAUGAUGAGUACGAGGAUGAGAUUCGCAUGAUGUCAACUGGCUCAAAGAAAUCCCUCCUAAGCCACGAGUUCCAGGAUGAAACAGACACCGAAGAGGAGACAUUAUAUUCCAGCAAACAUUGAAACAGACCACAGCCUUGCCUAUCUCCCAGCAGAAGUACCACAGAAAACUCCAGUUCCCUUUGGGAGACCAGCAUAAAGGAGAGAGACUGUCUUGCUUUUUCAAAGAGCUUUUGGGAAGUUAACUUGCUAAAUCUGUAUUCUCGUGAAUUCGUUUGGCAGUUUUGAACUUCCCUUCCUUAAAGUACUCUUAGCUUUUAAGAAAAUAUCUGAUUUCUAUUUAUGCAGCAGAGAUGGGACAGCCACUUGGUUUUUUUUCUUCUUAAUUUAAGACGAGCUGUUUGGGGCUUAUAUAAUCACUGCAUAAAGCCAACUAAUGGAUGUUGUAUUUCGCACAACAAGUGUUUACUAGUGGCUUUGCCGCCCCCCACCCCCCACCCUGGGGUCCUUAUUUUAAAUGGCCAAAAGAAUCCAGCAACAUUAAGGCAGGGACUGCAGUCAGAAUCUGACAUAAAGCUUUAAAAACCUGAGAUUUUUCUCAGCCUACUGAGGAGUACUUUUCUCUAGUUAUUACAUAGUUGGAGUCUUAUUAUUCAGGUUUAAUGGAGGUUGAGUUGAUUUGAAACAUACAACAUUAGGAAAUUAAUGAAUAGGCUUCCGCUUUGGCUUGCUACCUGUUCCAGGGUUAGAUCAGAAAUGGCGGGCUGUGCUCUCAGCCGUAUUUCACUACCUCUCUUGUAAGGUUAAGCAGAGUUCUAAAUCCACCCCGACUCCUCCCCCCACCCGUGAAGGGAGAACCCAUUGACUUUGUUGUGAAAAAUAACCGUGCAUUGGAAUGUAGCUGAGAGGAGGGUCUAGCCUCAGUGAAAACUCGUGUUGCCUAAUCUUUUAACUUGGUAUCAACCCACAGGUGCUGCUUUUAUCUGUGAAGCACUAGUGUAUGCAAGGAAGGCCUAAUUCUUUACUACUUCCUUAAUUUGAACCCUUUUCUAGGUUAUACACUUCUGGUUUUCAGAUAUGCCCAGCAAUCUACAAGAUCUGAAUCCACCUGAAAACCUCGUGAAGUAUAGAAGAGUCCUACUUGCAUCUUCUUAACCUACAUUUGAACAUGAACUACCUACACUUCAUGACCAAGCCCAAGCCUGAAAUCCCAUAAUCUUGGUGAAAGGCGUGGCCAGCCUGGUUCACAAACAAAGGCUUCCAUAAGUAAUUGGUUUCCUUGUCCUAAAACGGACAGUCUCCUUUUGUUAAAAACAACCACUUUUGUUAAAAAUUCCGUUUAGAGCAUUUAAACACAGCUCUCUCCAUUUAAAGAAAAGAAAAGAAAGAAAACUCUGGACUGCUGGUGUGAGAUAACCCUGAAAAUGCCUGAACGAUUUGCAUUUCAUGGUGUCUGUUGAAUCAUGCUGUUCGAUGAAAACUAUGCUCUUUGUAAUUAUGAGUCUCACCAAUGAUCUAAUGGUUUAAUACCGUUGUUUUAACAGCUAAGUUGCUGCUUGUACUGAAUCAGGAGAUGGAAGGACUUUCCAUUUCUAUCCAAUAAUGUAAUCAAGUCAUCCCAAAGUUCAUGUCACUCACCUAGUUCAUUCCUGAUGAAGCUUUCCAAAAAGAGAGAGAGCUGGGGUUUAGCAGACAUAAAGAGGCCAAGGCACUUGUUAAUGAAGACGAGGAUUCCUUGAUACAUACGCUGAUGGGUUGAGUGGUUCAAAGUUAAGCCAUUGUAGUAUUAAUCCUGGUAACUGCCAUUCUAAAUUCUGCGACACACACGCACCGCCACACAACAGCAUUUGUGGGGGUGUUGUUAAUGAAAUAUACAUGUUUUAAUUUGUUCUCAUAUUUUACAUUUUCUCUAAGGGGGGUAGUGUGGAGGUGUUACUCUUUUUCAGCUUUACUUUUCAGAGUGUUAGCCAGAAAACCCACGAGGGGCUCCUUUGGGACAUUUCCACUAGAGAUGAAACAAGUUGAUGUGACAGUGUGUAGGAACAUUGGUCUUCACUGGAGAAAGAUACCUUUAAAUUCUUUAACUGUACAUCUCAGUGUCUGGUGGUCUUGCUUUUUAAGCAUACAUAAAAUUUGUUUAGAAAGAAACACGCAAAUGGUUUUUAGUCAUUUCUCUUGAAAGCAAAAACCAAACUCUAUGAUAGUUCUCGAAUCUUUCAUGAAUCUCAAAAUAGUGCAUUGUGCUGGAAAACGAGGCCGCUCAACCCAUGUUACCUAUUAACAUGAAUGUACUGGAUCCACGACUACUAAGUCUAUGUUCUCAGCCUUGCUCUGUUAUCUGUGGCUCUAAUCUAACUAAAUUAGAUCAUACUAACCGCCUAGACACUGAAGCCAUAUGGGAUGGGGAAAGCAUUUCUUCAGUGUUUUCUGGAGGCUUUCCAUUUCCUUGGAGGCAUGGAGGCGAGUCAGUAUCACAGUAUUAAGAAAUCUGCCCACGUUUGGAUGUUGCCUUCCUUUACUCACAAGGCAUGGUUUUUGUCCCGGUGGUAAUUUUGUAAGCCUUUUCCCUCCCAGCUCCUUAAUAAAAGCAAAGUGAUUGAAGAGGUGAUUCACAAAGUGUCUGCCUGUGUAAAUGUUCUUGUAUUGAUAUGGAAUUCAAUAGGAUGGGCCCGAGUAAUUUCAGAAGGAAAGACCCUUCCAUUUUGAUGUGUUUUGCAGAGUACACUUAGGUAGUGAUUAAUUGGGAUUCUAUCCAACUGAGGAAUGCUUCAAAUUCUCCCUGAAGAGAAUUCAUCUUCGAACUUAGUCAACCUCCUGAAAAAAAAUUUAUUGUAUACUUGGCCCAGGGUGGUAGGUUGGUUUGUUAAUGAAUAUGGAACUUAAAAGCUAAUUAUGCGUUAACAAAUAUAUCCAAAGGGGCUUCAGAAAGGUCACAGAAAAAUGAAGUCGAAAGAUAAUGGACUUUUUUUCAUGAACAAUUUGAAGUUCCCCCACUAUGCCUGAGUGUAUUAUGUGCCUAAACUAAUAAUACCAAGUCAUUCAGUAAUCGUCAUCUUCCUCUCCAUUUCCAGUUAUUCUCAGCGUGAGUUUUAUCUUCUUGUUUCCAGGAAUGCACUUGCGCCAGGUCUUGGGCCUGCUGUGUUUCUUAAACGCUUCUUGGCACUAUGAAUAAUACUACAGUCUGAAGGUUCUCUGAUGGAACUGCUUUAAACUGUAGCAAUUCGACAUUUCCUCUCCUGGCUUGCCUUAUUGUUUGUUAUUACUAUAAACUCCAUUCGAAUUGAUGUUCAGUCGCCUUCUAUGUACCCAUGGUUUCAUACUACCAGUGGCUCCUUGGGUCUCUGAUGUAGGAGACUUGUUUUAGUUAAAGCCGUUGUUGGUAGGGUGAUUUGGGUCCUUGAUUAAUGCCAAUAGAAUGUGCAUUUCCAGUUUGUGAGGGAAUCAUACCCAACCACCAGCUUUCCUAUUUUUAGCAGCAAGUAACUAAACUUCUAUUUGAUCUUCAGAAUCUUGCUCUGGUGGGCUUUAAGCUAUCAGAAGAUAUUAUGAAAUUUGGAAAUUAGACCAGUUUGAAAUAAUUGGUAAAUUGAAAUAAUUGGUGAAAAUUAUGUCAAACAUAGGACUAUGAUUUCUAUGAAUGGCAUAACAUGAAUGUACUACCUACAUUAUUUGCUGGCCAGACUGUGGUUUUUCUGGAGGAAUGAUAUAUAUGGUAUUUUUAUACAAUUCAACUUUUCACGUCUUGGUUUUCUCAAAAUGACACUCCCCAGCUCCACGGCAAUCUUUAGCAACGUAAAGUGUGUGCCUGGCGCCUGUUCAUCUCAAGUGCUUCCCUUCUUUGGUUAAUUUCAUGCAGCGUGCCUUCAAAAUAAAAAUUUUAAAAGGGAUUUAAAUGACGUCAAAUAGUAGUUUUAAAAAGUCAAUCUGUCUAAUACAUGUGAAAUCUAACUGUAAUGCAGUUCUUUUCUGUUUUUUAUAUGUAAACAGAUCUAAUCCUGUAUAAAAGUUAUUUUAUGA